AUGCUUGAGAAUAAAGCUGGUGGUUCGGGUAGCAAGGCCCAAGCUGCAUCGAAAUUGAUUGGUUCGUUGGAUAAUUUCGUGCCAGGCGAAGAUUUCGACGAAUAUACGGAACGUGCCGAGAAUUUCUUCGAACUAAACGGAGUCGAAGACAACGUUUUCAAGCGGAGACUGAUCGUCCAUUUUAUUGGUCUCCCAGCCUUGAAGAAGUUGCAACAGUUGCUGUACCCGAAGACGCACAAGGAAGCGACGUAUGAGGAGGUUGUAGCGAAACUCAAGUCGUACUUCAGCCCGAAGCGUACGAAAAUCGCCGAGUCCGUGGAAUUUUUCACGCGGAAACAGAGGGACUUCGAGAAGGUAGCCGAUUACGCCGUAGAGCUGCAAGCGUUGUCAAAGCAUUGCCAGUUCGGUUCGUAUCUGGACACCGGUUUGCGCAAUAAAUUCAUCGCUGGUAUCGAGAAUAAGAAGAUCAAGGGAGAAUUGAUGAACAGCGCCGACGAGAUGACGUUCGACCAAGCCGUGGCCAAGGCGAAGGUACUGGAGCAGAUCGAAGAGGACAUGGUGAGGAUGCAGGUGAAAGGGGAAGCGGUUAAUUUCGUGAACCGCAGGAACCGAAUGCAGCAAGACGGAGAACGAACACGUGGUCGGAGCGGAAAUUCGUUCCGCAAUGCGGUGCGAUCCAAAAGCCGAGGGUUUCGGAAAUUCCAGCACGAGGGUCAACCGAAGCAGGAGAAGCGUGUCAACCCGAAGAUACGCUGUUUUGCGUGUGGACGUGAAGGCCAUGUCGCAAGACUCUGUCGGUUCGGGCGGAACCGGCCGAAUCUGAAUGCAAGCAUCGAGCGUGAGACGGCGAGCAGUGAGUCGGAGGAAGAUCGACCACAUGGUGUCAAUCACGUGGCAUCGGUAGCUUUGUUUCACGAGUUGAGUCUAAAUGGUAAGUGCAUAUGUUUCGAAGUUGAUUCAGGAGCGACCUACACGAUCAUGUCCGAAAAAGAUUUCCGUCUAAAUUUUGCGAGAUGUGUUCUUCGAAAUUGUGAUGUGCAAUUGGUGGUUACCACAGGGGAGAAAUUGCAGAUAAAAGGGGUUUCCAAAUUCGAAGUGCAGAAGCGUUGUGAUGAUAAAGUGUAUGUGUUGGAUCUGUUGGUUGUCAGUUCGAAAAGGGAUUUUCUGCCGUUGUUGGGUAGAAACUGGCUAGAUGUUCUUUACCCUAGGUGGAGGGAUCGAUUUUUGAACAGUGUGUCUAAUGAAGCCGAAUGCCGCGAGCUAGAUCGCGAGCGAAAUGUGUUAGUGUCUCUUUUGAAAAGCCGUUAUGCAGAUGUCUUAACGAAGAAUUUGGAAGAACCAAUUGAGGGGUUUGAAGCAGAGAUCCAUUUGUGUGAUGACUCACGACCAGUUUUCUUUCGGGCCAGAGAUGUGCCUUUUGCAUUAAAAGAAAAAGUGAGUGAUGAACUGGAUCGUUUGGUGAGGGAAAAUGUGAUCAAACCCACAUUGAGGAGCGACUGGGCGUCUCCAUUAGUAGUUGUGCCAAAAAGUGAUGGGAGUGUGAGACUUUGUGUGUAUUGCAAAGUAACCAAUCAAUAA